AUAGCUUGUUUUUUCUUAAGGUGUACCAGAUUUUUAUUUUAAACUAUUUUUUUUUUUAUAAAAUAUGAAGGAUUCAGCUAAAAAUGUUUUUUCCCCGUUUUUGACAAAUAAAAUAUAUCCAGGAUGCCUACAGUAACAAAAAGGGAAUAAAAUGUUCUCGAGCUCUUUUAAUAUUUAAAAAUACUGAUAUCAACUGAAACAUACACUGUAGGUAUAAAUUUUUAAAGAGAUUUCGUAUGAAAUGUCGAGAAAAUGGUUUAUUUUCUACGUAAUUCCCAUAUAGUUUGUAAAAUAUGAAUAGUAAAUGAAUUUAAAUUUGUCUGUUUUGUGCUUAAUCAAUCAUGAUGUCUUAAUUAAUUUCAUUGAUUAACGCCUUUAAAAGAAAGAAAAAAACUGUUGAAAAUAAGGUAAAAUUUUCACAUUCAAUAUUAAAUAAUGACUUAUACUAUAAUGAGUAUACUUAUACUCAAUUCGAUAUUAUUUUACCGAAAAAGUCAAGAGCAAGAUUUCAAGAGUAUGACUAAUGCUGUUUUUUUUAUUAAAAACCCAACGUUUUAGAUAUAUUUUGUUAGCAAAAAAGGACCAAAAAAAAAAAACAAACAAGAUUAUUUACUUAUUUUCUAUAUAUUCCAUCAAAAAUGACAGUUUAUGUCAAGAUCUUUCAUUGUACAUGUAUAUACAAAAAACAAAGCCCUAAUAAACCUAAUAAACCUUAUUGAACAAAGCUUUUGUUAUGAAAAAUCUUUGAAAGAAGAAUAUCUUACAUUUCCUAAACCUGUAGGGACAUUUCUUGACUCUAAGUAGCAGCACAUUAUAUUUGAAAGUAGACAGCUUUUAUCACAAUUGAUAGGUAUACAAGCCAGAUAACGGUAACAUUUAAUAAUUUGUUUCAUAUGGCAAACAAAUGAAAACAGCAAAAUACAUGUAUAACUUUUCACAACAAAUACAAAUUGAUAACUGCCUAAAUAGACGUCGAAACAGAAUCAAGCAGAUGAUUUCAUCCUCUUUGGUCUUGUUUACAGCAAUUUAAAUUUUAGAGAAUCCCAUGCGUUAUGGCACCGACAAGCAGCAAUUGGAGCUGAAAGAAAGAGAUGAACUGGACAGAAUUAACAGACCUCGCCCAGUCUGUAGCCGCUACAGGGUCUACCAUUGACUGGACCACUGUGGUUGGAAGCAACAGCUUAACGACUCUCGGUGGGCAGGCCUUAACUACACCGGUUAAUACACCAGGGACUGACUAUCAUAAUGGGUCUGGGUCCACAUUCGACAUAGCCAGUCGCCUUACUACCCCCGGAAAUGACGUAGUGGUACUGACGGCCGAGGAAUACUAUGCCCGGGAAGUCUCCCUUAACACCCCGGCGCUGGUCUACACAAUUUUACUUCUCAUCAUUGGACUUCCUGGGAACUUUGUUGUUCUGUAUGUAUACACCGAGAAAUGGGGGAGAAGUUCCACUCGAACGUUUAUCCUAGGCUUAGCCAUACUGGACCUGGUGAACUGCCUUGUGACGUAUCCAAUGGAGAUCGCGCUGUUGACACGCCCUUUAUUGUUUGACUUCCCGGUCCUCUGUAAGGUGACCCGCUUCACAACGUACUGGUGUAACACUGCCAGUGUACUGAUUCUCAUAGCUAUCGCAGUGGACAGGUACCAGCGCAUCUGUAGACCUCUCAGUAAACCAAUGACGACAAGAACCGCCAAAUUCGUCAUCUUCUACGCGAUGGGCGUGGCUGUUGUGUCCAUGUGGCCCGCCCUCGUACUGUAUGGAACAAAGAGUACUCCCGUCUCCAGAACAGUUGUCUCAAAACUGUGUCAAAUACAAGAUAAUUUUCAUGUCACUGUAUACCCAUUGGUGUUCUUCGUGUUGCACGGAGUUUGCACUGUCAUCAUAUUUCUGAUUCUGACUGUAAUCUAUUUACUAGUGGGUAUAAAGGUCUGUAAACUCCGGACGUUUCGUUCAAAAUCGUGCUCUGUGACGUCAAUUUCAGAAUUCGCUGAUGAGGACGAUCAACUAUACCUGGGAAACUGUAAAGGAGCAAAGAAUUCCGAGCUAGAAUUACAGCCAUUGAAAGGCCAAAAAAACAAACGGCCGGAGAACGGGUCAAAGGACGACAUCCCGCCAGCACCGGGCGCCAUUAAAGUGGCCCUCAAGACAACCUCCGAUACCCUGAAAAAAGCGCAAAAAUCCGUGACGGACAAACGCUUCCGACGCGUGAGUAAAACCACCAUAAUGUUGUUCCUGGUGACCCUGAUGUACGUGAUCUGCUUCUUGCCGUUUCUCGGGAUAGUGUUUCAUAGAACGAUUCACAAAGACGCGUUCAUGAUCAUGACGCGAUCGGAAAAGAUGGCGUUCAACGUCAUUUUACGUUCCUACCUGCUGAGCUGUGCCAUUAAUCCAAUCAUUUACUCAUUCUGCAGUGAGCUCUUCAGGAAAGAGUGCACAUACCUCUUUAAAAAGCUGUUCCGUAUAAACUAGCUAUUAAACUCUAAA